AUGUUGGAAGCUUUUUAUCAAUGCCACACAGAUUGUAGCCUUGAGCGAGGAACCGCAUCCCAUAGAUCCGGUUCAUGUGUCUGUUCAGCAUCUUAUAGUACACUUCAAGAUUUGUGGGUCAUGUUUUCAACAAAUGAGCAGAUCUUGGACCGGAGCUAUUUUAUUCGAAAAAGGAUUUCAAAUGUACCUCAUUAUGGCCACCCUGCAUAAUGAUCGAACAGACAUCUCUUAGUGGAGUUUCUCAUCCCAUAAAGCCCUCAAUCUCUCUUAGUUAUGAUAUAAAUUCACGGAAAUAAAGAACUCACAUGCUGCCUAUUUAUAUUGGUCGUGACUUUUGGUUUCACUGCUAUAUUGUUUCUGAAGAUGCAUUAUUAUUAACUUUUGUCGACUCUACUAGAUCAUCAUUUUACAUUUUAAUCCUGUGUUUCGCGUCAUAGGUUUCAAAGAGAUUGGAGAACACUUCUAGAUAUUUUAAACGGUUAGGUAGCUUGGGGUUCUGGGGCCAGCUCAUUUGUACUGCAGUGGCAGCUGUAAUUUUGUCAUUCUCUGCUAUCAUCACUGGGAAUAUCACAUCUCCAGCUACAUUUUACGCCACCAGUGCUGGUAUUGCGGCAGCAUUUGUUUCUGUGUUCUGGUCUUUUGGAUAUAUUCGUCUUUCAGAAAGGCUUCGGAAGACUGCUGGUGACCCUUCAAAGGUACUUGGUUUCCAACGGUUGAUGGUUUUAUAUGGGUGCUUCUUCAUUCUUUCUUAUUUGCUUGUGUGUACUUCAGGCCAAAAGCAAGUUAAGUUGAUACUAUUUUUAAAAAGCUUUUUUUUAGUGAAAUAAAUGUUUGUCUCUAAUGGUGACUAAAUGAGAAUUUUCAGAAAUGUUUUCAUCAGUUUUUUCAAUUUUGAAUUCUUGGUUUGCCUCGAUGUGAUUUUCCUCUAAAUGAAAAACUUCGCAUCUCAUAUUUAUUUGGCUGAGUAGUCAAUGUUAGAUAUGCCACCAUCAAUUACUGAAACAAUUUUCAUGCAGUUAGUGGUCGAUCCACUCGCUUCACAAGAAUUCCUAACGCAUACGUUUUGCGCUAAUCAAGCCUUCUGGGUCCCUAAACCAGACCCUAAUAAAUUUAUUUGUAUACUAUAAAAAAUGUAAUUUAGGGGAUUUUCUGCCUAAUCUUAGGGGAACUAAGAACCCUGUCAGUGCAUGUCGAGACUGGAGGAUGAUCUCAACUCUACUCAAAAAGGAAACCAGUAAAGGAUAAAAAACAGCAAGACAACAAAAGUAUUCUUUGUCUAGACUCUGAGAGUAGACCCUGUAUCCUCGUGAAAUAAACAUGUUUAUGGAAGACCUUGUUUAUUACCGAUCUUUGUAAGAAUUGGUCAUUUCAGAGAGAACCUGCAAAGAAAACUAGGAUAUCAGGUUAGCAUCUCUGUGCCUUCCAGCACAGUGCAGCGUUUUUGGAAAUUAUGCAAGUACAUAGAAUCAUGGAGUUAGUCUUAGCUACAUUAGUCGUGAUAUUAAGUUUGACACAUGUUUCAGACAGUCUGAUUUUUAUAUAAUCCGAUCUUAGAGGUUUAUUCCAGACAAAUAAAGUUUUUCCUUGAAGCAAGACAACUGAUGCAACAGGCAUUGGAUGAUAAAAGUUUCAACGGCCAGUUAGAAACAUGCACAGGGUAGCCCGACAUAUGCUGAACAGGCUGGAAUGCUCUAGCAUAACCAUGUGUAAGGUGUUCCAUUUGGAUGCAUGAAGUGACUUUGCUGUGUAAAUGGUCAACUCUGGUGUAUUUUUCUUAGGCACUAAUGCAUCAGAUAUAAUUCAAGAUAUUGAACAAAAGUCUGGGUUCUUCUCUCUUAUGCUCUCCUUAGAGCCAUCGCAUUCCUUCAUCAUAAGUUCUUGGCCGUCAGUUUAAGGAAAAAAACGAUUUGAAUUGUAGAUGGAUCAUUUUUAAUGUCAUCUUAAUUACUAGAAUGACAUCUAAUUUCUCGGAAUAAAAUUCAUGUAGUAAUCACUCGUGCCAUAUUUCUACAGGAACCUCUGCUUAUAUUUAACCAUAGAACAAGAAUACUUUAAUGGCUGGAGUGGAAAUCCCCUCCAUUUUUAUUUAGGUAAAGAUCUGAAAGAAGUUGAAUUCGUCAUGCAAGAGGAAGUAGAAAAGACACGAGAACCUCAUAUAGAUAUGAGGUUGGUGAAGAUUGGUGAAUUUAUCUAGUCUGAGAUUGGUGAAUUGAUCAGCAUUUCACCUGCCACAUGCAAUUUUCCCCUUGCAUUUGAUGUAGCGUCAUAUUCUUGAAGAAGUUCAGAUGUGCAUGUGCAACGAAAGCCACUAAUGUUCAGCCAAAAUAAGUUAACCAUGUGACAAAAGUCAUUGAGUGUGCCUCAUGUAGACUGAAAAUAAUAUAAAUUAUUAGAAUCUGAUGAUCUACUUCUUGCAUUAUGUUCUACUCACCCACUUCAUACCACCACAUGCGUGAGUUCGCAUAGCAUUACCACUUGAAAUGAAACUGCUAAUGCGCAAUGAGAACAAAUAAAAAUGUGCUUUUGCAAACUGAUCCGCUCAAUGUUUUCGUGUUCAUGAUUUUAAGGAUUAAGUGACGCCAUGCAUGUUUGAUGGUUGAUUAAGCUAUUGGUUCUUUUAGGUUUGUUUAAAUGAUGUGCGUUCUUAAGUUUCUUUGAGAGGUUUUCAUCAGUGUGCAGCGCAUGUACCAUCACAGAGAAGUACAACAGAUUAACUAGCACUGCAAUAUACUUUAUAGCAAUUACAGGGGGAAGAAAGGAGAUAGCCACACUUGCAUCCAAAAUUUAGGUUCUCAGGAUCACUUUAGGACUAGGCAUCGAAUUUAUGCACCAAAAAACCGUUGAACCAAUGUCCAUAAACCACAACAAAAGGACGUUCCUGCUCUGCUAGAACAUACAUAAGUAAGGCAUACUAUCACAAAAUCAUUAUGUCACGGUGAUGAAUGGAAGGAAAGCCAAAGGGAACCAUUGAACAAACAGAAAAUAGAGAGAAUGCAACAUUCACUGUAGCAUUCCUGUGGAGGACAAGUUUCAUUUGUAAAUUUGCAAUGUAUCGUGCUUGCAUCCAUAAGUUUAGUAAACACGUUGAAAUUAACAUCAAUCACCAGGUUCUGAUGUCAACUGGAGAUACCCUUUCGAGACCUAGAUAACUUCGUAUAUCUUAGCUGCCUAUCCCAUGGCAUCAGAGCAGGAUAAGUAUGGAUAGAUUCUGUUUGUUCCACAAAGGCUGCCACUAAAACUUCCCAUCACACUACCCAGUGAUUUGGAGAGCAUUGCUAUAGGUUGAAAGCCCCCUAGUCAGUUUGAAUCGGAUAAGUAUGGAUAGAUUCUGUUUGUUGCUACUGUUCUGAUAUAUUCUGAUGGUCUGAUUUGGAAAUUGAUGUCUUGGAAAUUGAGGGAAUAAUCGUACUGUGAAAAUUUCGAACAGAAGUUGCAUAACCUGGGAUGUCUUUAUUCAUAGUUUGAUUAACGGCUGUGCUUAUUAUUCAUCGUUUUUCAGGCCCCUCCUCGUGCUGAAGUUGUUAAAAGCCUGAGAAAUGGCAUCGUUGUAAACCUUCUAGGCAUGGGAGCCGCAGUACUUGGCAUGCAAGCCACUGUUGGCUUGUUGGUGGCGAAAGCUCUUACCACCUCAGCAGUUCCCUACUACCAGGCAAUACCAGCUGGUCGCAGUCCUGUUUUAGCUUUAGACGUAUUCUUGGUACAGGUACGGACUUCAUGACUCCUAAUUCCAGUCCAAAUAAUCACUGACUGGUCUGUUUUGUGCAUCGCUUGAUGAGCAUUGCUUGCGCAUCCUAAUUUAAAUCUCGGUUAUGCUGUGACAUGAUUUCCCCCCUGGCCACGAGAUGCUAAUAUCCUAACAUGUCAUCAUAUUAUUUAUAAUAUGGUAGUUGAUUUCUAAUUUGGUGCAUGGUGAAAGGUUCAGACAUUGUCAGCCGAGUCAGGUGGUCAAUCAGAAAGUUGGAAGGGUGUCCUGGGCAAUCGAAGAGCCAGGGAGAGCCCCUGGGCAUAAUAAUCACAAAGGGACUGAAUGAAUGAAUGAAUGAAUGAAUGAAUGGCAGUGUUUGUAGAAGUAUGCUUCCAAGGGUUCUUCUCUGGAAGAAAAUGCUUCUGACAAAUCAACCAGGGAACCAAGUCUUUCAAAAAAAGCUUAUCGCAUAAUUGCAUCUCACCCUCUCUGAGAGUUGGUCAAACGAAAGCAACAUGGGGCAUAAUUCAGCACCUUUCAUUUUGCUGCCGCUCUACUUUCAAACCUCCGUUGUUCACGGUUUUCUAACAUGCUGCUUUGACUUGCUACAGAGGACCUCAUCUCAUGGGCUUUCGUUUUCUUCCUCUUGGGCAGGCCUCAGCGAACACCAUCUUGUCUCAUUUCCUGGGGCUUCUGUUCUCGCUGGAGCUCCUGCGCUCCGUUACCUCACCCCAACAGGAAGGCGCUCCACCACUGACCAGGGUAGCAUGA